GAUAAAACUCAUUAGAUUACUCAUUAAAUUUAGUUUUUAUCAAUUAAAAAACAAAAAAAUUCGAUAAAGACUAAAAAUUAGGAGCAACUGAGCAAAACUCAAUAAAUACAACUUAACCAAAAAAAAAAGUCAUAAAAGAGUUGACCAAAUCAAGAUGAGAUCACAUCUUUUCCGGCGAACCACCGGUUCACCAUCUCCGGCAACUCCCUUAAUCCUUCUUCCGUCACUCCUCCUCCUCCUAAUCUCCACCACCAUCACCGCCGCCGCCGCCGCCUCCGACACACCAACGGCGUACGACGAACUAUUGACCUACGAUUUCCCCGUCGGUCUUCUCCCAAUAGGCGUCACAGGCUACGAGCUCAACAAAAACACCGGCGAAUUCAAAGCCUAUUUGCCGGAAACCUGCUCGUUCAAAAUUCAAGGCUAUAAUCUCCAAUACAAAUCAACGAUUAGUGGGGUUAUUGAGAAAGGUAGGUUGAAGAAUCUGAAGGGCAUAAAUGUGAAAAUACUGGUGGUGUGGUUGAACAUCGUGGAGGUCAGUCGUCAUGGUGAUGAGCUUGCUUUCUCUGUCGGAAUUAUGUCGGCUGGAUUUGGGGUAGAUAAUUUUGUGGAGUCGCCGCAGUGUGGAUGUGGGUUUGAUUGUAAUAAAUUGUAUUUGGAUGAUUUGUUGAUGUCUUCGUAUUGAUUUGAUUUGGUCAUUGAUUGUGACGGAAAAUCCACGAAGAAAUAAUAAUGAUUCUAUCGAGGUGAUGAUUUUUACAUUGUGAUUCAUGAAUAAAUGAUUCGUAAAUCUGAUGUGGAGUUUGUAGAUUACAAAGUUCAUAGUUUUGUU